AUGGAGAUAUCCCACAGUGAUCGUGAUAGAAGAUCCUCCGCUGACAGUGCUGAGCCUACGCCCAGUCGACAUACAUGCCACUGUGGGAAGAGCUUUAUCAGAAAGGAACAUCUGAGACGCCAUCAAGCGACCCAUGGAGAGCGCAAUUUCGUUUGCCAAAUUUGUCAACGAUCCUUCACACGCAAUGACUUGUUACGACGCCACCUGACACGGCAUGAUAUGCCUACAGCUCCAGAUCCAAGAAGAGGAAGGGCUUGCGAUGCGUGCCAUGCGAACAAGACAAAGUGCGACGGUGGUACAAAGUGCACUCUCUGCGUCAAGAGGGGAAUUAACUGCACUUAUAAACAUGCGUCCAAGAGUAGCAGCGGGAGUAAGAGUCCAAGCGAGGAUAUCACUGCAGAUCCUAGAACGGUGGCCAAUGGCUUUACUUCGCCGGCCCUGAUACAGAGUCUCACACCAGGAACACCGCAAAUCUCACCAAAUGACGAGAUCAAAGCGGGUUUCAAACGAAUCGCUAAUCAUGUUCGAUCUGGAGAGAUUCCGAUUGGUGAAGAUACACCGGUACCUGCACUUGACAAAAAUUGGAUCGAGGGAAAUUCAAAAGAGUACUUUGGGAGGUUUCAUGAUACAUGGCCUAUUCUCCAUGGACCUUCUUAUGUCACUAUAGAUACUUCUCUGCUAGUAUCCGUGUCAAUAGCUAUGAUCAGCUGCUGGCUCAGAAGUCCGGAUGAGUUUGAGGAUGUAGUUUUACAACUGCACGAGUCGUUGAUGAGCGCGUUCUCUGAUUGGAUCGCGAACCCCAGAUCUCGACAUGAAUACGAUGAACCAUGGCCAUUUGAAACAUAUCAGGCCAUUCUCAUGAACAUUAUCUUUGCUUUUUAUCACGGUAAUGAGAAAUUGGUGUCUAAAGCAUCGUUAUUGCGAGGCACAUUCGUUGUAGCUCUUCGAGAAGCAGAGUUCUUCAACAGCGACAACGCAGCCGAGCAACAACGCGUUCACUACCCCGGAACAUUUGUCCCAUGGCUCAUGACUAUCCGAGAUCGUUGGAAGCGACUCAUCGUUUCUCUCUUCAAAAUCGACACCUACCUCUCAAUAGCCCGAUUUCAAGCCCCAACCCUCUUCCGAGAAGAGAUUGACCUCACAAUGCCAGCAACUUACUCUCUCUGGAACGCUUACGGUCUCAACAUCUUUUUCAAACGCAUCACCCUCGAACCAACAGACCGAUCAAAUUUCAAACUCUCAGAAGUCAUCGCCAACCCCAACACCCCAGCAAAACCUCUUCUCCUCUUCGAGGAUAUUCAUCUCGCUCUGUGUGGCUUGCUACCUGCCAUUUGGAAUCAGACUCAAAUUGUUCGUCGGAGUACAGAAGCGGGUCGAUCAACGCAGAAUUGCACUUCUUCUCUUGCCUGGCAGCUUGAGGCGUGGAAAGCUGAUAUUGAGAGAUUGAAGCAUCAGUGUUUUCAUGCUGCCGAGGUUGGAGAGUUUCCUUUUACUGCUUACAUUGGUGAUUAUGACGAAGAUCCGGUGAGGGCGAAAGCUUUGGCGAUGUCAAACAUCAGAUGUCUGAUCUCGGAAUGCUUGAUGACGUAUCAUCUUCAAGGACUUCAGCUUUACGCUGAUCCUCGGAUGAUUAACUCUGUAGCCAUGGCCUCGAUUGUAUCUCCGGACCAUGAAGCUGGUGUUCGUCCGAGAUUACAAAAGCUCCAUACCCAGCUAAACAUCUGGGCCAAAUCAUCAGAAAGUCGAAGAGCUUUACUCCACGCCCUCGCCGUUCUUCGUCAAUACGAGUCCGACCUCCAAGCAAACGAACCCCAAACCCAAUCCAUCGACCCAACGUCUUAUCUCACCAUUUCUAUGAGCGCCUUGGUAGUAUGGGCGUGGCUCAUGUUCUCCGAAGCAGCAUGUUCCUGCGUUCCGAUGAUAAACCAUAUAAACAUCGGUGAUGAUCCAUUGGAUUUACAGAAUACUGCGAGGUUGGAGACUUGGAUUCAGGCAGAGGGCACUGCGGGGAUGAAUAAUAUUCCGCUGUGUAGAUGUGUCUCUGAGGGGUGGAUGGCGAGGUUUAACGCGCUUUUGCCCUUAGGGAGACGGAGAUGGGAGAUGAGUGAUGAGGUUGCGCCUAUUUUGAAUUCUCUAAGCGCUGGACGCUAG